CUCCUGGUCCAUUUCUCAACGCUCCUCUUCACUUCCAACUCGAUUUUUUCGGAUCGCGAUAGCUAUGGCUGGGAAGAUCAAGAUCGGCAUCAAUGGAUUUGGAAGGAUCGGGAGGUUGGUCGCGAGAGUUGCACUCCAGAGCGAUGAUGUGGAACUCGUUGCCGUUAAUGAUCCAUUCAUCACCACCGAUUACAUGACGUACAUGUUUAAGUAUGAUACCGUGCAUGGAUUAUGGAAGCAUCACGAGAUCAAAGUGAAGGACUCAAAGACACUUCUUUUUGGCGAGAAAGAAGUUACCGUUUUUGGUGUGAGGAAUCCUGAGGAAAUUCCUUGGGGUGAGACUGGUGCUGAGUAUGUUGUGGAAUCCACUGGUGUUUUUACUGACAAGGACAAGGCUGCUGCUCACCUAAAGGGUGGUGCCAAGAAAGUCAUUAUCUCUGCUCCCAGCAAGGAUGCCCCGAUGUUUGUUGUUGGAGUAAAUGAAAAGGAGUACAAGUCUGACAUUAACAUUGUAUCAAAUGCCAGUUGCACCACCAACUGUCUUGCUCCUCUCGCUAAGGUUGUCCAUGACCGAUUUGGAAUAGUUGAGGGUUUGAUGACAACUGUUCAUUCUAUCACUGCUACUCAAAAAACUGUCGAUGGUCCAUCUAGCAAGGACUGGAGAGGUGGACGUGCUGCAAGUUUUAACAUUAUUCCUAGCAGCACAGGUGCUGCCAAGGCUGUUGGAAAAGUUCUUCCUGCAUUGAAUGGAAAGCUAACUGGCAUGGCAUUCCGAGUUCCCACUGUUGAUGUGUCCGUUGUGGAUCUUACUGUCAGGCUUGAGAAAGCAGCCACCUAUGAUGAGAUUAAGGCUGCAAUUAAGGAGGAAUCUGAGGGAACCCUCAAGGGAAUCCUAGGAUACGUGGAAGAGGAUUUGGUUUCCUCCGACUUCUUGGGAGACAACAGGUCAAGCAUUUUCGACGCCAAGGCUGGAAUUGCCUUGAAUGGGAACUUCGUCAAGCUUGUGUCUUGGUACGAUAACGAGUGGGGCUACAGCUCGCGUGUUAUUGACCUGAUCCGCCACAUUCACAAGACUGAGUGAUUCAUCGGUAAUGCUUUAGUCGUUCCCUCUGUGGUCUGUAGCUUCUGGCAUCCUUCUCUUCCAGUUCUCGAAUAAAACAACUGCUUACUAUUUUCAACCCUCAGUCUCAAGCAUUGUACUUCAGUUUUGUUUUCUUCUUUGGUUCAGCUGAAUACGAAGCCAGAAGUGUAAUUUGACUUGGUCUACAAAUUUUCAAGUGUACUCAGUUGCGUUGUCUCUAUGAAUGAAUGUGUUAGUGGGUCCUAGUUCA